GUUAAAAUGCCACUCUAGCGCUCCCUCCCGCAGAAGCGAAGUCUCUUCCCGUUUCUCUCUCCUGAAGGCUGAGGGAGGGUGGCUCUGGUUAGGGUUUUGAGAAGUUCAGCUUACGGACUGGUGACAUCUCGAUCUGGUUAUGGGUUCAUUUGAAAAAGAUGGGAAUGGAGCAGCAGGAGGUUUGCCGCCGCCACCACCAGUUCCUCCUAAUGUUGUACCACUUAGAGCACAAGAGGAACAAGGAACUGAAGCUCUUAAGAAAAAGAUUGUGCGCCUCCCCAUGGAGAGACGUGGCCUGGGAUCUAAGGGCCAAAAGAUUAUGAUCCUAACGAAUCAUUUUAAAGUGAAUGUGACCAAUGUGGAGGGGUACUUCUAUCACUACAGUGUGACGGUAUCCUAUGAAGAUGGUAGGCCUGUAGAUGGAAAGGGUGUUGGUAGAAAGGUGAUUGAUAGGGUCAAGGAGACCUAUGAUUCAGAGCUUUCUGGAAAGGACUUUGCUUAUGAUGGUGAGAAGAGCCUUUUUACUGUUGGUUCACUUCCAAGGAACAAACUGGAGUUUACUGUUGUGCUUGAGGACCUUUCAUCAAACAGGACCAAUGGGAAUGCAAGCCCAGGUAGUCCAAAUGAAAGCGAGCGUAAGCGAUUGAGAAGACCAUAUCAAUCAAAAACCUUUAAGGUGGAAAUUAGCUAUGCUGCAAAAAUUCCAAUGAAGGCCAUUGCAAGUGCAUUACGUGGUCAAGAAUCUGAGAACUCUCAAGAAGCUCUGAGAGUUCUAGAUAUCAUUUUGAGACAGCACGCAGCAAAACAGGGGUGCCUGCUUGUGCGGCAGUCUUUUUUCCAUAAUGAACCAAGGAACUUUGUAGAUGUGGGCGGUGGUGUCCUGGGAUGCAGAGGAUUUCAUUCUAGCUUCCGAACAACCCAGGGAGGGUUAUCCCUUAAUAUAGAUGUCUCUACUACCAUGAUCAUCCAGCCUGGACCAGUUGUGGAUUUUCUCAUUUCAAACCAAAAUGUGAAAGAUCCAUUCUCAAUUGAUUGGGCAAAGGCCAAAAGAACCUUAAAGAAUUUGAGGAUAAAGACGAGCCCCUCCAAUGCUGAGUACAAAAUCACUGGACUUAGUGAUAAGCCUUGCCGAGAACAGCUGUUUUCAAUGAAGCAAAAAGGGAGGGAUGGUGAUUCUGAAUGUCAAAAUGUUGAAGUGACUGUUUACGAUUAUUUUGUAAAUUACCGCCACAUAGAGUUGCGCUACUCUGCUGAAUUGCCCUGUAUAAAUGUGGGGAAGCCAAAGCGGCCUACUUACAUACCUAUUGAGCUCUGUUCCUUGGUGUCCUUGCAACGCUAUACGAAAGCGCUGUCUACUUUUCAACGAUCAUCGUUAGUUGAGAAAUCAAGACAAAAGCCUCAAGAACGGAUGAGAGUAUUAAGUGAAGCACUAAAAAUUAACAAGUACGAUUCCGAGCCUAUGCUGCGGUCCUGUGGUAUUUCAAUUGGAAGUAACUUCACACAGGCUGAAGGGCGUGUUCUUCCAGCACCACGUUUAAAAGUGGGAAAUGGAGAAGACUUCUUUCCACGCAAUGGCAGGUGGAAUUUUAAUAAUAAGAAACUAGUGGACCCAACAAAAAUAGAGCGGUGGGCUGUUGUGAACUUUUCAGCUCGAUGUGAUAUACGUGGUCUUAUUAGGGAUUUGAUGAAAUGUGGAGACAUGAAGGGAAUCCGUAUUGAACCUCCAUUUGAUGUGUUUGAAGAGAGUGGACAAUAUCGACGCGCACCUCCUGUUGUUCGGGUGGAAAAGAUGUUUGAAGAGAUACAAUCCAAACUUCCAGGGGCGCCUCAAUUUCUUCUCUGUAUACUUCCAGAGCGGAAGAAUUCUGAUCUUUAUGGUCCGUGGAAAAGAAAGAAUCUUGCUGAUUUUGGAAUUGUGACUCAAUGCAUUGCACCAACUAGAAUCAAUGAUCAGUAUCUUACAAAUGUUCUCCUCAAAAUAAAUGCAAAGCUGGGUGGGUUGAAUUCUAUGCUGGCUGUAGAACAUGCUCCUGCUAUUCCCUUGGUAUCCAAGGUUCCUACCAUUAUCCUUGGGAUGGACGUCUCUCAUGGCUCUCCAGGCCAGGCUGAUGUGCCAUCAAUUGCUGCAGUAGUGAGCUCCAGGCAGUGGCCGCUCAUUUCACGUUACAGAGCAUCUGUCCGCACGCAAUCACCCAAGGUUGAGAUGAUUGACAACCUAUUUAAGCGCAUUUCCGACACUGAAGAUGAAGGCAUAUUUAGGGAACUUUUGCUUGAUUUCUAUGUGAGUUCAGGGAAAAGGAAGCCUGACCAAAUUAUCAUAUUCAGGGAUGGAGUAAGCGAAUCGCAGUUCAACCAAGUUCUGAACAUCGAACUUGAUCAAGUUAUUGAGGCCUGCAAAUUCCUUGAUGAGAAAUGGAAUCCCAAGUUUGUGGUGAUUAUUGCACAGAAAAAUCACCAUACAAAGUUUUUCCAGUCAGGAUCACCAGAUAAUGUUCCACCAGGGACAAUAAUAGACAGCAAAGUUUGUCAUCCACGGAACAAUGACUUUUACUUGUGUGCACAUGCAGGGAUGAUUGGCACAACUAGGCCGACCCAUUACCAUGUUCUAUACGAUGAGGUUGGUUUUUCAGCUGAUGAUCUCCAGGAAUUAGUUCAUUCGCUGUCCUAUGUGUAUCAGAGAAGCACCACUGCAAUUUCUGUAGUUGCUCCAGUAUGUUACGCCCACUUGGCAGCCACCCAGGUGGGACAAUUUUUGAAGUUUGACGAAGGGUCUGAGACAUCUUCGAGCCAUGGCGGCACAUCUGCUGGGCCUGUCCCAGUUCCGCAGUUGCCCCGACUGCAAGAGAACGUGUCGAGUUCCAUGUUCUUUUGUUAGAUGGCCCUGUGGUUGUAUAUAUUGGCUUGGUCUUUUGGUUAUGCGGAGAGCACUGAAUCAGAAAACUCGGAUCCUCCUAUGGUAGUUGAAUGUAAUUUAACUUGUUUUGGUCUUUUUGGCGUCUUGUUCUGUUUGGUCGACAGUGGUUAGGUUGCUUGGUCAUAUACCUUCUAUAUUUGCCAUAGUUUUAUGAUCAGAGAUUGCUAUUGUUACUUAGUGUGCCCCAA